UCAGCUUUGACGUGGGUAGUGCGUAGUCAAAUUUUGAGUUUUUGGAAGAAAGCGAUGGAAAAUCCAAGUGCAACGAAUGAGGGUUUGGAGCCGACGAGUCGACCCAAAAUAACCCCAACCGUAAAAAGUGCCGAUCCGGUCGGACAGCAAAGGCAAUUGGAGAAAUCUACGCCCAAAAGAAAGCCUGCUAUCAAAAAAGCUGUCCUUGUUAAACCCAAAAUUGUGCCGUCUAUGGGCACCCGUAUCGAUCUACAGGACGUUGCGCAAUUAGAGAAGCCGAGAUCUCGCUAUGUUGUACCGGUGACCGAGAAGCAAAAGAGAUUGCUCGAGAAGAACAGGAAGAAUACCUACAAGAAAUUUUGCCGAUACGAAACCAUUGUGGUGGCAGAUCCAGUCACCUCUAAGAAACUACAAAGCGAGUUCGAGAUACCGUCCCCGGAAGUGUCGGUUGCCAAGGUCCCCCCCAGAGCGGUUACCCCUACUGCUAGCUGGUUACACGCGGAGCCUCAAACUAGCGAAGAGCUCCGUCUGAAGAAGCCCAAAAGUGGAAUCAUCGUGAACGUUGCGCAGGUCACGGACCCAUUGGGUGGUUACGACAGUUUCGAUUUAGUGUACUCGAGGAAACCUAGACCUUACACUCCGUAUCGAGAUGAGAAGCAUCUGGAUGACAUCGCGGAAGAAGGCGGGGAAUCGCGGAAAAGCGCGAAACGAAGAACGGCCGAAAAACAACCCAAAGGGGAAGGGGAUGUGGACCAGGACUUAACCGGCCAGUUCAUGAGUCAGGUGUCGAAAUUUUCACAAGCGGUGUAUGGCGAAAAAGGAGCUUUAGUUUCCAAGUCGGAAGCGGUGGAAAAGUACGUCCAGAAAUUUCGUCGCGACUCGGAAAUCAAAAGGCACCAACCGAAGAAGAGGAGAUUUCGAAGGGGAACGUUAGAAAGUCACUCCUUUACCGAUAUCAACCAGAUGGUGUUGAAGGAGUUCUAUUUCGGAUCGAAGCAGGGGACUUUGCACCAAGGGUCGGAACACGUUUCGGAAAAAGCCAGAGACGCGCAGGGCGUGUGCAUACCAGUGGCGGCGUAUUGUUUUUCUUUUUUGCGCCAUCCGAACAAAUGGACAUCGGACAACGUGGACGAAAUCGUCGAGACCGGCAGUCGGCUGUACUUGAGCAGUUUGAAAUGGUUACACCUGCACAGGUCCGGGAUAGAGUUGAAACCGGAGGAUUUGCAUAAGUAUUGCGUCAUAGGAAACAAAAAGAUUCGCUUCACCGUGGAAGAUCCGGAAGUUUCCGGCCUGAUCCGAUCGACGGACAAGAGGGUUUUCAAUCUGACCAAAGCGUUGAACAUAUUCUUCGCCAGGCAGAAAGCCGGAAUACUCCAGACGCAAGGCACGAAUGUGGCGAUAUGGAAAGACAAGUACUUUUACCUUUUCGACGGCAAGGCUAGAACCAAAGACCUUUACUGCUCACCCACCGGUACGGCCAUCAUGGCCAUUUUGUACGACGUACCGUCUUUGGUCACCGUACUUCUGCAGAGGUCAAACCUAGGAAAUUGGCCUUUCGUUAUUUACCCCAUAAAGGUGUUUAAGGUUUUAGGCAAAGACGACCCGGAAGAGGCAGAAGACAACGAAUGCUUAGACUCUAGGAGCACGUAUAACGUUUUGAACGCGACCAAGGCCGUGCUCUUGGGGUCCUUCGACUUGGGAGACAAGUGUUUCGGGUUUGCUCGGAACAAACAGUCUUUGCCCAUGUCAGUCGUCAGCCUGGUGUAUUCGAGGAUUACGCCACCAAGUGCGUGGCACCGAGCUACGGUGGACAAAAUUAUGAUUAUAGGAAACCAGUUGUAUGCGGAGUGUGCCGCAUCGCGAGCAGUGGACCUGGCCAGUCUGCCAGCGAUAUUCACCAUCGGUCCCUAUAUAGUCGAAAUCUACAUCUACGAGAACGUGACUAUGGACAUGAUGUACAAGAAAUGCUGCUGCCAGUUGAGCUGCGCGUUGGACGAUUAUUUCCGUAGCAACGCCAACGCUAUAGUGCAGAUCGACAAUUGCCAUCUGGCCGUGUGGAAGCAAAGAAAUAUGUAUUUCUGUUUCGACCCCUACUCACGCGGACUCGAAGGCUACGCAGAUAGAGAAGGACGGGCGUGCGUUUCGAUGCACUCCAAUCUCGAUUCGCUGAUCGAUCUCAUCGCCCACAACUUCGAUUCUAAGGAUCUCGUCUUUAGGGUUCACGCGUUGAAAGUGUGUAAGAUCCAUCGCGAUCCGGUGCAAAACGAACAUUUUCCUAAACACAUCCCAUUUGACGAAUUGCCGGCUGAGGUAGUCGGCAAAUAUAAGAUGAAAAGGAGCAAGAAACUGGCGACUGAGAAGCCUGUCACCGUAGAUUACUCCGCUCUAGCAAUGAGACGUUUGCUGAUGGGGGAAGCGUUAGAUGCGUCGAUAUACGAGAUUGAUUCAACGGUUCAGAGCUUGGCAGAGCAUCAAAUCCCUCCUCUUUUCCGUCCCUCGGUAGUGGAGCUUAUUGCCAAAACACCCGUUCAAACGGAUCUGGUUGCCGAUCUAGAUUCGCCCAGUUUAUCGGACACACAAAUCGAACCUCCGAGACCUGUGCCACCUAAGGAAGACCUGCUAGUUCCAUUUAUGGAUCUGGAUUCGUUUGAACUGACUCAAGAAGAAAUUGAACUGGAAGAAGCUUACGGAGAAAGUUACGAAGAUGAGCUUGGAGAUAAACAACAAACGGAAUCGAAGGAGCUGGACUUGUUUGCAGAUAUUGAAGGGAUCGAUCAGGUCGAGGACUUUUAUAGACCAAGUCCCGAAUACACCGCCAUGAUGACGCCAAAUAAGUUAAGCGGAGAGAUGAAUACAGAAUUAACCAUUUUCCCCAUCCGCAAAGAGAUCUUGUACCCUUCCUACAUAAGGGGGAGACAGCGAAUGAAAUCUCUCCGACCGGCUCGUGCUAAAGCAGAUUACUGGUCGGAUUCUUACGUACCUGUCAUCUCGGACGUCACCAAGUCGGAGGAAUUAACGAAAGAAACCAACUUCGUCGAGCUGCCGGACGAUUCUCAGAUAAUCCGAGGCCGCAGGAAUAUUUUCGAGUUCGGCGAUGACGUCGAGUAUAUGGCACCGUUCGUGUGCAUCAUGGCCGGCGUGGUGGCAAAGAAGUAUUCCGUUUUAUCUUGGACCGGUGACAUUGUGGACUACGUCCUCAAAUGCGGUUCGGAGCUGUUCAACGCGUCGAAAUUUCGUUACGAUCAGGUGGCCAAGAUGGAGAUACCGCAGAUAUCGCUGGGAAAAACCCGAUUCGCGUGUCUGGUCGAGUAUGUCUUCGACUCCUACAUCAGGCGCAACAUUUUGGAGUUGGCGAUCGGUAAAAUCCUGUUCGUCAGAUCGGACGCUGGGGUCUUGGUCACCCCUAAUUACGCUUGCGGCUUAAUGUACAGAAACCACCUUUACUAUAUGUACGACGGUUUUGGCAACAAUGAAGUCGGUCUGAUCGAUGGUCUCGGGAAGACAGGAGUCGCUUGCUUCUCGCGGUUCAAGGAUCUGCGUUCGUUGACCACGCGCAUUAUGUACAACAAAAGCAAGAGGGACGCUGCCGAUGACGUCACCUACACUAGAUUCGUGUUAAGUUCAGUGAAAGUGAAACGCGUACGCAGAUCGCGCGAGAAUUUGCCGCGCAAGGUUAAGAAAGUUUUCAAAGAGAAGAGAGAGGUCGCGAUCGAGGAAGCCGAAGACGGCACGGACGGGGAAGAUCAUCGUUACGUGCGGACGACGGCCAAAGAGGAGGUCAGCAAAGGUGGUUAUCGCUACAAGAGUGGUUUUUACGUCAUCGAAGGUGCUCGAGCGCUGGAAGUGCGCGAAGCAGACGCGAGCCAGCUUCGCGAGGAUCAUUUCGCGUGUUUGUGCGCCUGCCUGACACUGUUGUCGGUCCCGAUUCAGAAGUGGGAUUCGAAGAAAGUCGACGAGGUUUUGGAAUACGGUAAUCACGUUUACUCCCACGCCGACGACUUGGCUGUGUCGGACAAACGCACGAUCAAGAACGUCCUUAUCGGCAAGAACUUCUUCGACGUUAUAGUUAAACGGGUCCGGAUAGAGAAUUGGCGCGACAAUAAGGACUUGAGCACCGGCGUCGACACGCUGUUGAGGAAGAAAAUGGCGUAUUUCCUCGUACAGAUGGCGGACAAGUGUCUGGUGGUGCACAAGAGUGGCGACGGAUGUUUUCACGUGUUUUACCCUCACGGCGUACCUAGAGGGCGGGACACCGGAAGCGCCGAUCGAACGGAAGAAGACGAGGUGUAUACCGGGGAAGCAAUGGCUGGGUGGUUGAAGUGUGACGAUUUGGAUAUGGUUAAGAGGAGGCUGUCCAAGGAUCUUCCCGGUGGCGCCGAGAGUUACGAUUUUUACACGUUCGAAGUGACCUCGAUCAGAAAAGCUCCUAGGAAUAUGCUGAUCAACUACAGGCUUAACCAAUACGAAAUGGGACGGGCCGUAAAACCGGAGAAAUUCGAUAAGCCGUUUUACGAGGACGUCGAAUGGUUGAAGAUCGACCUACUUCCCUGGUCGCGAAGAGUGGCAACGUCGCCCGAAGGCCUGGAGAGGGGAGCGGCGGACAAGAUGUGGUACAACUGGAACGUUGAAUACGCGGACGAUUUGUAUUCGUUGACCAGCAAUAUUCACCAGACCUCUGAAAGGUUCGCACCUGAAUCGCGGGGUAAGCAGACGUUAUGCAAUCUGGUCACUUUUAUCGGAAUGCUGGAGAUCUACGACUUCACCGAAUGGAACCCGGCGGUGAUGGAUUCCGUUUUGGUGAACGGCGAUCAAUAUUUCCACGCCUGCGUCCGCGACAUCGGCGAGCAGGACUACGAGUUGUCCGUUGAUGACCUUAAAGAAGACUGUGACAUUUUCCCUUUCACCUUCAAGGUGAUCUUCACCGCGGUGGUCGAAGGCACGAUGUUCCUAGUGCGCAACACCCAGUUCAAUUUGUUUAAAGCUUUGAGAUUGUUUUUCGACGAUUUCGACCGAAGAUUCGGCAUCAUCUACGUCACCAAGCAGGACGCCAGCGCCAAGAAGCAGGUGGCGUUCGGGAAAACGAAAAAGCACGAGUAUUUCGUGUUCGACUGCGACUCGUACGGCGGCCAGAUGUUCUCGGAGGGACAAGAGAGGGCGUACGCGUUGAGGGCUACCACCCUCAAUAGGCUGUUGCACGUUUUGGUGUUGACGUUACGCGGCGGUGAUUUUUAUAUCUACCACGUCGACGUUGUCGAUUUGAAGCCGAUGAAUUGAAGUCAAAAAGAAACAAGAAGACCGUCUAAACAAGGCUUACCGUAGACGUGCUGUCGGAAGAACUUUGUGAUCCCUAAAUGCGGCGUGAAAAAUUCAAUCACUAUUAUAAGUUUAAACAUUCAAGAGGUCCUCAAUUACGCUGACAUUUUAUGAGAAUACUACUAAUACUUGCAUUCUUACACUUCAAAUGAGAAAGAAGAGAAACAACCUGUAUCGACUUUUUUUCUUGGUAAAUAAAAUGUGGACUAGUCGAAUCGCCCUGUAGAUAAUUAUUGAGCGUUCAACAUUUAAAAAGAGUUAAAUCUAAUUAAAUUUUUACUAUUAGUAUUUGUUAUUACUGGAAUAUUUGAGAAAUAAGAAACUUAAUUUAGCUUCACGUUGGAGGGGGGUGUAACCUAGUGGGCAUCGGCAAUUACU